AUGUCGACCACACAGUUCAAGCUCUUUUUCCGCGUCCCACCAUCUCAUCUGGACAUUUGCAAGAAAGCCGUCUUUGCAGCUGGAGCCGGAACAUAUCCAGGCGGCAUGUAUACCGAAGUCAGCUUUGAAUACAUUGGGAUGGAUCAAUUCCGUCCUAGUGCAUCGUCCACUCCUCACACCGGUCAGCCCGGUCAACUCGAAAGGGUGGAGGAGUAUCAAGUGGAGACGUUAUGUGUGGGCGAGAAAGUUAUGCGGGACUCUGUCAAGGCUUUACGAAGAGCUCAUCCUUAUCAACAAGUUGUGGUUGAAGUGGUGCAGCUGGUAGACAUUGGGCUGGACGAAGACGAUCGACAAUGA